GCAGGCGAGCUGAGUCACAACCGUUUAGUGCUCCUAUUUUUAUUCAUUAUCAAAUUUCUGACGACUGGUGCAGGUGUCGCCCGCUCGCCGACAGAUGGCGCCACGCGGAGAGGCGGAGUUUGUUAACUGCGAUCGCUAGACGUAUGUCAUUCGCGAUAAUUGAAGAUGCUGUCGCCGAGAGACGACGAUGAUGACGACAGCCACCUCUGCAUCAAGUGCAACGCGACCAUCGUCGGCCUCGACAACUACGUCAAGCACAGAAAAGAAAGAUGCGGGAAAAACAACAAAUCCUCCACUUCAAAACCAGAACUCCCCAGCAUUGACAGCUUAGAUCCAACCUAUAGUCUUGGCGCUGAUGUCUUCUUCCAAUCGUUAGAACUGCAAAGUAGUGUCAAAAAGUCCUCACUAUCAAGACUAACUCCACCUAUAUCUAAAGCGGUACUUGACACAAAAACAACACUCUCCGAAGCAUCCACAUCUAGGGAUAUCCCACGUAUCAGCCCUUUGACCAACUUGAGAGAAGAGGACUGGAUCGGAGAGCCUAGCUUGAGAAUUAAUAGCAACGAAGACAACCAAACAAAACUAAUCAAUGCGGUUGCUAGCAUUAGUGGUAAUGUCAAAAAAGUUGUGCCAACAUCAACGUACAGUAUAUCCAAUUAUAAUGACUACAAAGCAGAUGUUGAAUAUGACGAAUCUGAUGACUCAGAGGAAGAUGAUGAAGAAGAAGUUCAUAAUGUCAGUGAGAAAUGGAAACCACCUCCAAACUAUACCGGGGGAAAAUGGCGACCGGAUUCUCCUGAUCAUGAAGAUUGGGAUAUGAGAGAGGAACAAGAACAUACUGGGGGCAAAUGGAAGCCCAUAAUGACUGAUACUCAUGACAGAGACGACGAUUAUGAUGCACCACCCCCUGGGCACACAAAGGGCAAAUGGGUGCCUGGACACGAGAAAACCCAAAUUAUGCAAACUACGAUUCAAAAUAAAGGAUCGGUUCAAUAUUGGUGUGGACCUUGCAAUAGACGUUUAGGCUCCCGGGCGAUUUAUGAAAAACAUCUUAUGUCCAGCUUGCACAUGAGAAAAGUUCUUCCAGAACAUGAAUUAGAAUUUUCUGGCCAUCUAGAACCAAUUCGUCCCGUCGACAAAAGGCUAUUACGCCCUUCGCGAUUUACUAACGAUACUAUUUAUGCUGGAACGCAAAAGAAAAAACCAAAGUCAUCUAAAGCUAAGCUGAGCGUUAAAAUAGAAAAGAAAAAAAGAAAGAGGAAGCCCGCUUAUGUACACUGCUCUGGCUGCAAGUCGCGUGUAAAAUUACAUUUAAUGGGAAAGCAUCUGAUUUCACACUACCACUUCAGGAAAGCAAAUAACAUUAAAAGUGAGGCCUACCAGCAAUUGAUUCUAGACAACAUAGACGCAAUAGUCCAUCAGGCGCCAUUCCAAUGCAGCCCAUGUAAAUUUUACACGAAUUGGCUUUCAAAUUUCAUGCAACACUGGUAUUCAGAAGAACACAAAUCGACAACAUCUUCUUUAGAUGGUAGAUACUGGUGUUCAUUUUGUAAAUUUGAGUGCAUUACAUCUCAGGAAAUGUUGGAACACAUGACAGGAUCUGACCAUAGCGAAGUAGUGGCAGUUAUAAAUAGAUCUAUGCCAAUUAUCAUAAGAAAAAGGGCGAUCUUCAAAUGUGAAAAUUGUGGCGAGGAAUUUCGAUAUAAUAUAGAAUUAAAGCAGCACAGUAAUAAAACUGGUCACAAACUAUCGCAUACAGCUACUGACCAUUAUCAAGAACUUCACAAGUGCCAAUUCUGUAAAGCUAAGUUUAAAACUUCCUUGAAGCUAGCCGCACAUUUGAAGUUCAAGCACAAACAAAAGGAAUUUCUCUGUUUAGUAUGUUCAAAGAUGUUUACCAAUUCAUUAGAAGCGAAACAUCACCGAUACACGUUAGAGCACAGAAUAAGAAAGCAUGAAAUAAUAAAAGAGAAAGGACUAUCUACCAAAGAUUUGACGAAGAAAUGUCCAUAUUGCACUGACGUAAAGAUAUUAAAGAAUGUUUUGGUACUCAAAGAACACAUUCGUCUCGAGCACCCUGACAUCAAAAAGAAUUGUCCCAAGUGUGGAAUGUCCUUCAUCUUCCCACAAGAAGUGACCUGGCAUCUUAGAAACAAUGCUUGUCAGCUCCCGAGCACAAGUACUCUGAGUUCCUCGAUCGUUUGGAACUGCAGCCAAUGCCUCUUCACCACCGAUUCCCAAGCCGAGUGUUACUACCACGAGACCUUGCACGGGGACGGAAUCAAAGAGUUUCGGAAUGUUUGCGGGAAGAACAAAGAAGUCCUAAUGUACACCUGCCCUUUAUGCCCUAAGGUCUUCAAAAAGCAGUCCCUCCGAACCCACCUGAAGCAGCACACAUACGAAAGGCCGUAUGUCUGUAAUACUUGCGGAGCCUCCUUUUGUAGACAGUCCUCGCUGGCGAAUCACAACAGGAUGGUGCACAUCAAAGGCGCAAGGAAGGCGAAGGUGAAUAAGAUCGUGAUUCCGGUGCCACACUCGCUGAAGGACACUUGGAGUUGCUCGAAAUGUUCAAAGACCUUCAGCAAUCGGAGUGCGCUGAGCCGGCACGAGUGUAAUUUAGGCGAGCAGAGGUGUCCUCACGAAGGCUGCGAGUUUGUCGCCGCCAACUCUUGCGUCCUGGCCAAGCACAGAAGAACUCAUGGUGAGAAGGUGAAAUACCUUGAAUGCAAGCUGUGUCCGUUCCAGACGGACCAGUCCAGCCAUUUCAAGCGGCACAUGAGGUGCCAUGACGGCGAGAAGCCUUAUUUAUGCCCACACUGUGAUUUCACCUGUGGGAGCUUGGAGAACCUUCGCAAGCACGCCCUCAGAAGCAGCAUGCACUCAAACGUGUCCCUGUACCAGUGCAACGAGUGUGCCUUCCACACCAACAUGGCCGCCGCGCUGCGAAAGCACCUCGUUGCUGAACACGCUGCCAAGUACAACACCAAAAAUGUCACGCACGCUGUCAAGAUGUGGCUCAUGAAGAAGGAAUAACUCUCCAGAUGAUUACAAGAGUGACUAAUUAAGAAUGAAAGACUGAAGCAUUAAAAUUUUGUAAUGUAUCUUAUUACCCCACUUACCCGAUAUAACAUUUAAAUUAU